AUGACAGCGGACACCGUCGCUUCCACGUCUGGUGCCGGUGAGGGGAGUGCACGUAAACGCAUCCGGAAACGAUCCAAGAAGAGCAAAUCCAAAAACGCCGAUGCUGGCGUUCAGGCAGACGAAUCUUCCGACGAGGAGCACGCUCCCACCCCUGUCACCACACCUGCAGAGACUGCCUCAGUAACAUCGUCAAAAGCCAAACAGCCCACGAACUUCACAGCUAUGCCUUCGACAAACACCAAACCUCCCGUAGCAUCAUCAUCAUCUACCAAACCCUCCAAUCUGACCCAGGUCAACCCACACAAACCGUCCUUCAUCACGCGCCCAGCCACGACAAAUGGACGCAAGUUCACCGUCUCGGUCGCCAUCCCCGGCUCGAUCGUUCUGAACGCCCAGUCGCCCGAACUGCAGAGUCGUCUUGCGGCACACAUCGCCCGAGCGUGCGCCAUCUUCAACGUCGACGAGAUCGUCGUCUUCGACGAAGGCGAGGUUCGAAGUGAAGCAGGAACCGAUCUGUACCAACACCGACACAAUCAGCAGAAUCGAGGUACGAAGAGGCGGUACAAUGCGCCCCAGGGGAAUCCUAAUGGUGGAGAGGGCGAACAAGCUCACGAGGAAGCGGAAGGUGGUGGUGGAGAGGAAGGGGUGGGGAAAGGAUUUGAUCCGCACACGUUUCUCGCCAGAGUACUGCAGUAUCUCGAGACACCGCAGUACCUUCGCAAGGCUCUUUUCCCGAUGCAUCGCGAUCUCAGGCUGGCGGGGUUGAUGCCACCGCUCGACUGCCCGCAUCACUUGCGGUUCGAAGACCAGAGCGAGUAUCGAGAGGGCGUCACCGUCGAACCCCCGCACUGGGCUCGACGAGGUGGACAGGACAGCGUCUACGUCAACGUCGGGCUGAGGGAUGUGAUCGAAGCAUAUCUGCCAGAGGGUGCCAGGGUGGAAAGUGGGACGAGGGUGACGGUCAAGAUGCCGAUGGAUGCGUACGGAGCGGGCGAGAUUGUCAGCCCGAGGGAACCGGUGGAGCAGCUGGGUUGGUAUUGGGGCUACACGGUGAGGUUGGCAGGCAGCUUGUCGAGCGUCUUGACGGGGUGUCCCUUCGGAGGGGAGGGAGGGUACGAUCUGGUCAUUGGAACGUCGGAACGUGGCGUCUCGCUGACGGACCUUACGCUGGCUACGACGAACGGCACCCCCGUGGCACUGCCUUCGGGGGAGACAGUUCAACCGCUGUCCGAAGAGUUCAACCAUGCGUUGCUGGUGUUCGGCGGGUUGAGCGGGUUGGAAGUCGCUGUAGAGCAGGAUACGGGGAUCAAGCUGGAUCGACACACUGCCAGGGAUCUGUUUGACGCGUGGAUCAACGUGGUGGAGAAUCAGGGGUCGAGGACGGUCAGGACGGAGGAGGCGAUCAUGAUCGCGUUGGCGAGGGUGACGCCGUUGCUGCAGGAGGUAGCGGACAAGACAAGAAGGUAG